AGACUAGCACAGCCAGCCAAAUAUUUGACAAACUAGCAAUCGUCGGCUAGCCAGCUAGGAGUUAAAAUAAUACACCGAUUAAAAAAAAUACACAUUUCCUCACACUUGAGCCGCCUACGUUUAUGCCAAGGAUUUAGGUUUUCGUGUAAUCAGGAUGUCAACUCCAGCCAGACGACGUUUAAUGAGAGAUUUUAAACGGCUGCAAGAGGAUCCUCCAGCUGGAGUUAGCGGGGCGCCAUCAGAAAACAAUAUCAUGGUAUGGAACGCUGUCAUUUUUGGACCUGAGGGAACACCUUUUGAAGAUGGAACCUUCAAACUUACCAUUGAAUUCACAGAGGAAUAUCCAAAUAAACCUCCAACAGUGCGAUUUGUCUCCAAAAUGUUUCAUCCAAAUGUGUACGCAGAUGGAAGCAUAUGCUUAGAUAUACUUCAGAAUCGUUGGAGUCCAACCUACGAUGUCUCUUCAAUCUUAACUUCAAUACAGUCUUUACUGGACGAGCCAAACCCAAACAGUCCCGCCAACAGCCAAGCAGCCCAGCUGUACCAGGAAAACAAGCGGGAGUACGAGAAGAGGGUUUCUGCUAUUGUUGAACAGAGUUGGCGUGACUGUUGACCCCCGUUAUCGUUCGAGUAUGAACAGUGUCCGGCCCAGAAUCAAGAAACCACCGAUCAAGAAAAACAACUGAGCCCACAAAAAAAUAAAAUGACACAUCUUUAAAAUCCUUCUCAGUAUAUUUGUCCCAUAACUGUUGCUAAGUUUGUAUGCUGUUGUGUUGUGGCAUUCACUCCUGCCGAAUGCUAUUGUUGGGCGAUAGCGUAUGUUUGUUAAAAGUUAAUGUACCUUGUUAUAUCUGGGUUACUUGCUACAUGCCCCGACUCUCUUUCUUUCUUUUUUCUUUAAAGGCGGCCUCUCAGUUGUCGCUUUUCUACCUGUUUAUUUAUACAUGAAGUAAACUGGUUGGAUGACACAGCGACAGUUAUGUAGAUGUACUUGCUGUGUGGUUUGCUGUGUAGAUACCAACGGGUCACACUUACAAAAAAAAAAAAAAGGCGUUAAUGGGUGUUUCUCCCUCUGUUUCAGUGGCCUAACUCCUUUUGGUUUAGUUUUGUUUUUCUGUCUUUUGAAAGCCUUUCAGAGGGAUAAAAAAAAUAACCUGGCAUGGACAUCCUUCCCUCUAACAAGUUGUGAACUCAACAGAUGCCUUUUGGGGGUCAUUUUUCUCUCAACUGUACUUGUAAAGCCAUGCCUUUGAUUUUAAAAAUGUUAGAUAUUGGUGAAUAUACACGUUCCUCUUCAACACGGAAACAAGACAUUUAGUACCCUCUGCGGGACUUAACUCUGUUUCAUGCACAGUUUCAUGAUGCUGACAUUUACAGGCUGUGUGAGAACAUUUCUAUGCUAUUUUACAAUCUUACAAAUCAGUCGACAUAAAAGGGUGUCAAUGGUGUUUAAAACAGGAUGGUGUCUGUUUUCAGAUUAUAAAUCUUUGCACUGGUAACCCAUGUAACAAACUGUACAUUUUCUUGUAAAUAAAAUAAAUAUACAUCA